AUGGACGGCGCUUCCAACCCGAACCCGUACGGAACAAACGGUAUCGGUACUUCUGCUCCGCCCUAUCCCUCUGCUUCUGCCAUCUCGCCCCAGCAACUUCAGCAAGGCCUUCCUACUCUUCCGCCGUUGCAGUCGCAGAACCACACUAUGCAGAACAUCUACGGAAGCCACCCGAGCACUCCUCGCACGGGCAGCAACCCUCACACGCCCCAGCCUCAGAACAUGAGCAACUACCCCCCGCCGAACCAGGCCAACCGCGGCUCGUGGAUGCCUAACCCGUAUCCUCAGCAGCAGCAGCAGGGCUAUGGUACCACCCAGCCCAUGAUGCCUCAGACCUCUCUGGCGCCCUCGCACCCGCAGCCGAUCGCGCCUGCUCCGGCCUCUGGAGCCAGGCCGCCUGUCUUGCGCCCCAUGCCCGCUGGCGGCGUCAUGCCCCAGUCUGGCCUGCCCUCCCCUUAUGGUGGAAGCCCUAUGAUGCCUCACCAGCAGUCGAUGAUGCAGGAAGCUGAGCAGCCCACUCACGUCGUCGGCUCCCAGGGUCGUCGCGGAAUCCUGCCCAGUGCUCCUGGACGCCCCGCCGCUCCCACCGGCGCAGGCGCUUCCAAGAACACGGUCAUCCCCCAGAAGGAUGCCGAUGGCAAGUUCCCGUGCCCACACUGCACAAAGACAUACUUGCACGCGAAGCACCUGAAGCGUCACCUUCUCCGCCACACUGGUGAUCGCCCUUACAUGUGCGUUCUGUGCCGCGAUACGUUUUCCCGCAGCGACAUCCUGAAGCGCCACUUCCAAAAGUGCUCCAUUCGCCGCGGAAACCCUACUGGCGCGAGCCACUUGUCUCACCCGCAAGCUCACGUCAAGAAGAACCAGCAGCAGGCAGUCAAGCCUGAAGGUGAUCUCAACCACAUGAACGGCAUGGGCAACAUGCCCACUGACGGCCUUGCUCACGGCUUUGGCAUGGUCCAGAUGCCCGAUAACAUGGCGAACAUGGGCAACGACCAGAGCCAGCUCUCGCGCUCCAGCAGCGUCGGCCAGGAUGCGGCCAACCGUGAUAGGAGAACCAUGCCUGGUCCCUACAAUGGCGACGCCAACAUUAACCCUCAGUUGGCCAACUUCAGCAUGCCCCCGACCCAGAAUGGCAUGCCCAUGUAUGGCGCCUCGGGUGCUACACAGCCGUCUGGCAUGGUCAAUGACUGGACCCAGAUGUUCCCUCAUCAACCUGGUGCGCACCCUACCUCUGUCCAUCAAUCGUAUCCUUCUCCUAAUCAUGGACAGACACCGAGCGAACCCAGAACCGUUCCUAAUCUCCCUCCGGAGGGAGAACCCGGCCUGCCCGGUGCGGCCUCGACCGCCGUCGAUGACCGAUCACUCUUCUUCUACCGCGAAGAGACGCAGCCUCAAUUCCAGAACCGAUACGAUGUACUCUCAAACCAAGUACUGAACUUUCUUCGGUCUUCUGGAGCUACUUCCGCCGAGCAGAUCACCGGAAUGAACGGUUUUUUUUCAGCAACGAAUAUCAGAUGUUUUCUUGAGAAUUAUACGCAUUUCCACGUUCACUUUUCCUUCUUGCACAUUCCUACGUUCCGCAUCAUGAAUACUUAUACGGGUCUGACUGCUGCUUUAUGCUGCGUCGGCGCCUGUUACACAGACUCCGUGGAUUCUUUCUAUGUCCGGGAAGUUAUCGACUGCCUGCAGACCGCACUCGAGCACGAUUGUGACCUAUAUGCCGAUUCUGACGCGUCCAUGCCGUCAGGGCACAGCCAGGGGGGUCUUGAGAGGUUGCAAGCUCUGACCCUCUUGCAAGUCAUGCUCGUCUGGAAUGGUACCCCGAGCCAACGAGAACGAGGGCUAAGCCUGUUUCCUCGACUCGCUACCAUCGCCAAAGAGUCCGGUCUGUCACGGAUCACGGAUGAGGGUUCCGCUUUUUUCAGCAUUCUACAUCAGCAAAAGCCAUCCUUACCAGCAAUCUCUCCGGAGCAAUUCAACUGGGACGCCUGGCUUCAUCAGGAGGCUCGCAUACGCGUGUUGUAUAUGCUCUACCUGUGCGAUGUCGCCAAUGGUCUCUACUUCAAUGUCUCAGCAGAAUUCGAUGCGCUCGAGCUGCAACUUCCCUUGCCUGCCGAUGACGCGGCCUGGGAGGCCAACAAUGCGGAAGAGGCUGCCAGCGCGUUGAGUCUGUUUGGAAACGAGGCCACGAGGUUUCAGAAUCCAGACGGAUCUCAGCGCAGCAAGCAGCCUGAACUUUCUUUCGCACUGCAAGCUCUCUUGCACGAGUCGUAUCAGAUGCAUCCCGGCAGCACAAACCUGCAUGGGAAGUUCAUUCUCAUUCACGCUAUCAUCGCACAGCUGAGGCGUGCGCAACUCGAGGGACCGCUGGCAUCCCUGCCUGAUCAUACUUCCAAGCUGGUAGAAAAUGACUGGGUCGCGACAACAGGUGGUGGUCCUCAGGAGUCGCUAAACGAUAGCGGUUCGGGAACGCCUGUGGGGGCAUACCAUGGUAUGCAACCACAUGUUUACAACGCGAUUCGGAUGGCACUUUCAAAGUUCAAGGCCAACUGGGAUAUGGACAUGGCUAUCCAGUUCCCGCCGGCAACAUAUAAUCCUCGCCGCUAUGGAUUCUCUCGAGACGGCAUACACUUCUUCUGGCUGGCGAAUUGGAUGCUCGAGCACAAUAGCGCAGAUGAUCUUCAGGUUCCUGCUGACGAUAGAUUUCUGCGGGUCAUCCAUCUCCUCAAGUCAGUCAAGAGUUGGGUCCUGUCCGAUGGGGCGUCUCGUGGCGAAGAGCUCGGCUCUGUCGGAGACAUUGACCAAAAGUACGGCAUCUCGGACCUCACUCUGGACAUGGCCAAACUAUUCACCCCUCUACCGACAAUGUUGGAUGACCCGGACAAAGCUAUAAAGACGGAGCUCUGA